UUACCGACAAUUUUGCCAAUCAGUGCAGUAACUAUCUAUACGAUAACAAUUCCUUUUAAACCUAAUUUAUCGUAACAAUUUGAUAUUUGAUUAUCAUGUCUCGAACUCAAGAUGUGUGCCGUAUUUGUUCUGCAUCUUCUAAACUCGUUUUGCAACUUAAUGAAAUUGUCAAUGGGUGUUCUCUCGUAGAUAUGCUGCGACAAUGUGUUAACAUAGAGAUAGAUGAAAACGAUGGGUUGCCGUACCAAUGCUGCAAGGACUGCAAAUCGGAUCUAAUAGUUGCAUAUAAAAUGGUAACACGGUGUUAUGAAUCGAACACAAAAUUGCGAGAACAGCUGAUGCGAAUAAGCUGCGAGGCUGGGAGUUCUGCCCUGGAAGAUCUUUUGAAACCGUGCAUUGGAGAAAAUGAAAUAAAAACCGAAAUUGUUGACGAUGAAAUGAUAGCUAAUGAGUGUAUCUAUGCAGAACCACUGAUUGAUUUUCAAGCAAAUCCAGAAGCGAUUAAAACAGUUAAGGAAGAGCAAUGCACCAAUAAUAAUGAAAAUUCAUCAGACAACGUUUUAGACAAAGAAGAUCCCGAUACUGUGAAAUCAAAACGUAAAAAAGUUAAACUUGAGGCUUCUUUACCGAAACGUUGCUGUCGGUGUAAAUACAAAUUAAGCACCAUAGAGGAAAUGCAACAGCAUUCAAAGAACGUUCAUCUUAGCAUGAAGGUUAUCGAUCCCGCUAAAAUUAAAGCAAGACCUUAUGAAUGUAAUGUUUGUUUCAAAAGAUACACUACAAAAAAAGCAUUAGGUCUGCACAAAAAACAACUUUACGUAGAAAAUGAACAUAAAUGUGAUCAAUGUGGCGAGGAAUUCCGAUCUGAAAGCUCUCUGAAUACCCACAAAGAAUCGCAUACCCUGGAUGUGGUUCAACCGUACAGCAAUAGGAAGGGACAGCAACCUCGAUGUUGUGCCUGCUACGAACAGUUCGAUACAGAUGAACAGCUAAAGCAACAUGCCAAGGAUGUGCACCUGCCAGAAAAUGCAGCUAGCAGUGAAGAUAGCAAUAACCACUAUCAAUGCGAUUUAUGUUAUCGGCGCUACAAAAACAUUCGAAUUUUACGAGAACAUCAACUAAAACCCUAUCGUAUGCAACAGUAUCAGUGUUCCACGUGUGGUCGAAUAUUUCGAGAUAAAAAUGCCGUGGCGGAUCACGAACGUUCCCAUCAGGAUGAGCGAGCCUAUGUUUGCCCAAUAUGCGCAAAAUCAUUUGUCAUGAAGGACUCUUUCCGAAAGCACGUACGAGCCCACUCACUGGCUGAUGAUCGAUUCAAGUGCGAUAUAUGCAGCAAAGGAUUUAAAACGAAAGCUAAUCUGAAGGGUCAUUACAUUACGCACAAUCCCCAUAUACGCCCUCUCCAGUGCAAUUUAUGUCCCUCCACAUUUGCUCGAAAAGUUUGCCUGCAAGCCCACAUGAUGCUACACACUGGUGAAAAACCGUAUAAAUGUGACCAGUGUGAUGCAGCGUACACCUUCUCGACAGAUCUUAAACGUCACAUCAUGGCCCAUCAAGGACUUAAACCACACGUGUGCACCAUCUGCGGCAGAGGAUAUCCGCGAAAAGAUUACUUGCGAAAACAUAUGGCAAACCACAGUAUGCAAGGGUGAUGAGAUGUGUUACACGAUGUAAAGUUAAUUAAGGCCAACAUCAACGCAUUUUAUUUGUGGAGGCAUCGGGACAGGCAAAUUUGGAAGCAUUCAAAGGGACUCAACCGUAUUUUUAGUUUUAUAAAGGCAGAACAAGAGAAUAAUUUUAACAGAUUAAAAAU